GCUUUAAAAUACGCUUUUCAAACCAACGACCGGCUUUGCUUCGUCAUGGAAUACGCCAACGGCGGAGAGCUGUUUUUCCACCUCUCAAGAGAACGUGUCUUCACGGAGGACCGAGCCCGGUUCUACGGCGCCGAGAUCGUCUCGGCGUUGGAAUAUCUCCACUCCCGGGACGUCGUCUACAGGGACAUCAAGCUGGAGAAUCUGAUGCUGGACAAGGACGGUCACAUCAAGAUCACGGACUUUGGGCUCUGCAAGGAGGGGAUCACGGACGGUGCCACCAUGAGGACCUUCUGCGGGACCCCCGAGUACCUGGCCCCCGAGGUCUUGGAGGACAACGACUACGGCCGCGCCGUGGACUGGUGGGGUUUGGGGGUCGUCAUGUACGAGAUGAUGUGCGGUCGCCUCCCCUUCUACAACCAGGACCACGAACGUCUCUUUGAGUUGAUCCUGAUGGAGGAGAUCCGGUUCCCUCGGACCCUCAGCCCCGAGGCCAAGUCCUUGUUGGCCGGGUUGUUGAAGAAGGACCCCAAACAAAGACUCGGUGGAGGUCCCAGCGACGCCAAGGAGGUGAUGGAACAUCGUUUCUUCACCCCCAUCAACUGGCAGGACGUGGUUCAGAAGAAGCUGGUCCCACCAUUCAAACCUCAAGUGACGUCCGAGAUCGACACUCGAUAUUUCGACGACGAGUUCACGGCUCAGUCCAUCACCAUCACCCCCCCCGAUCGCUAUGACAACGUGGACUCGCUGGAGAACGACCAACGGACGCACUUCCCCCAGUUCUCCUACUCGGCCAGUAUCCGGGAGUAA